AUGAUCGACAUUUCAAGAACGCCAGAGUUCUCCAACUGUGGAAACAUGAAUUCCAUAUCAGUGUGCGUGUCCCCUGACCUGGACCUGGGCUCCGUGGCUGUGGCCGUAGGCAGGCAAAGGUCUCACUCCUACUACAGUCCAGAGGAGAGCAAGAACUACGGCGGGAAGACACAGACAGAGGAGACCUUUCUACGACCUCGCUCCAGGUCAUUUUACAGUGACACCUCAGAGCUUAACUCGGAUUUUGACGUGGGAAACUUCUCAAGGACCAGUCCGCUGAGGCAGAGGGCGAGCUCCCUACUCCAGUAUCACGUAAACAAAAAGGAGAAGAAAGAAGGGGACGGUGUUCGAGUCCCCUCUAAGAAGUCCAAAUCUAAACCAAGCAAGAAUUUACAGUCGAGAGAACAUAAUGGCAGUAAAGGCAAUCUCAAGCCAGUGUUCAUGAUGACCAUCUCUGAGACGGACAAGUGGGAGAUCAACUCCAGCUCGGGGAUGAAGUACGGCCAGUUUGUGGACUGGGAGAAGAUCGACCCCGAAGCGGCACAAAGAUACCAGCAGAUCCUGCAGAGUGAUCACCAGCAGCUGAAAACCAUGGCCCGAGAGGGGUUCUGGGCCACGCCGCACACGCUGAGGGCCAAAGCUUACUAUCACAUCAUCCACAGCAUCAAUUCCAGCGGGUGCGUCACUCCAGACAGAGAUGUCCACUAUGAACUGGCCAAGCAGCACUUUGGAGAACAGAACAUCAGCACCCAUCCAGUCCCAGAGUACAUGGAGGCAGGAGAAAUACCCAGAUACUGUCUCAACAAAGCCGGCCUGAACUCCGUGAAAAAGAUCCUCAUCUGUCUCGGCAAAUGCUUCCCAGACAUGAACUUCUGCCCCAUCCUGCCCGAGCUGGUCUCCCUCCUCCUCCACUUCAGCGAGGACGAGGCCGAGUGCUUCCACAGCGUGUCCCGGCUCAUCUGCUACAACGACCCCAACAAGCGCUACAUCGACCAGACUUUCCUGACCUACCGCGCCUCCUGCAUGACCUUCGGCGACCUCGCCAACAGGUGCUGCAGGGGCAUCCGCAAGCUGAUCGCCAGCUCCCACCAGAACCUCUUUGAGUUCUACUCGGACUGGAUCAUGUGGAUUUUCGCCGACCUGCCAUUCACGUACGCCAUCAGAGUGCUGGACGUCUACAUAUUGGAGGGCUACAAGGUCCUCUACAGGGUGGCGCUGGCUUUGCUCAGCCUCUACAAGGUGUCCGUGUCGUCCAGAGUGGCAGACGUGGAGGACUUCCGCACGGACAUGAAGAGGUUUGUGCAGAGUGUGGCUCGCCACUGCACGGCUGAGAACCUUCUGGAGAGGGCCUUCAUGAUCCCGAUGGCCACGCGGAGGGAGCUCAACCUCCUGUUCAACGCCAACAAGGACGCCCUCAUGCAAAAAGGUGUCGGCACGCACCAGAAGAGGCAGGCGGUUGAGAGGGUGAACUUCAGCAACUUCGUCUCCAGUGUUGUGACCGGGACCGAGAUGAGAGUGGUCUGGGCCUGGAUACCCGAGCGUUUCUCCCUUUUCAGCCCCAUCAGGCUGUUCAGCACGGCGGAACACGGAAGAAGUCUCGCUUCAUUCUAUUCACAUGUGGAGGGCCACGAACCAGUGGUCUUGAUUAUCAAAACUAUGUGUGAAGAGGUCUUUGGUGCCUUCCUGUCAACAGAUGUGAUAGAAAGAAAAAAGCAUGACUCUGAGGGGUUCACGUAUUUUGGAACUGGGGAAUGUUUUGUUUUUACGCUGCGUCCCAGCAUGGAGCGCUACCAGCAGGCCAUGGUCAACAUCAUGACCAGAGCAGCUUCCUCAGCUCAGCCGGCUCGAGACAGCGGCUUCUCCUGCUCUCCGGUGUCCAGCAGUGGCUGCUCCCCCGUCACCACCCCAGGUCUGAUCUGUCCUGCUGGGACCCCCCAGGACCCCAGCUACCUGACGAUCCCCUUUACCACCCCGUCAGAAGAGCCUGUGACGGGCAAAGAGCCCAGGAGACCGAAGGAACAGGAGGCCUCCAUGUUCAUCGCAGGCAGUGACAGUCAGCUCAUCAUCGGUGGGGAUGGAGGCCACGCACUCUACCUACAGGAAGACCUAGAGGGGGGGUACUCAGAGCCUUGUGACACAUUCAAAAGCAACCAACUCUGCAAGGGACACUUCAAGAUCCAGGCCCUGGAGGUGUGGGGCAUCCAGAACUCUAUCUCCUUUUCUCAAAGUUUUCCCUCUCAGUAGACUAACGGGAGAGAGAAGCAGUGAAACUUUGCAUCUUUUUGGUAUAAACAAUCCACCAGUGCGGUUUCAUUGGACUUGAUUUUUAUGUAAAUAUCAAAUAUUUUUUAUUUCUGUGAAAUGCACAUAUAUGCACAUUACAUAUUGUGAAGCAAUUGAGGGACAUUUUGCUCGACUUGUUGUUAACAUGUCAAGUGUUGAGCCUUAUAUCGCAUGUUUUGUCUUACUGGACUUACUGGCUCUCUUAAAACAUAAGGAAUAUCUCCACAUCAAAAAACAAACCGUCUCAUCUUAUCACAGAGGGUUGGUUGUGACACGCCAGCUACUUGACCCAGCAUGAACGCCAUCUGCUGUAAUGAAUCCUAUCUGUACCUUUCCAGGAUGUAUAUACUUCUAGGUGUUUUAUUUUUCUUAUUAUUUUGCAGUUUAUUCGCAUUUGAUACUCUUUUUAUGAUGCGGUGAUCAGUGGCUCAUGUUUUCUUUAUGCCUAAUAAUUUAUUCAGAUAUAGACCUGUUGUGAACAUUUUCAUUUUUUACUGUGUAACUGGGUCAAAUCCAAAUGCGUUUCAUACUGAAAAAACCCCAAUAUUUGUACUUGCUGUUUAGCUUUUCUGAGUUUUGAGUUCCUGAGAUGUUAACAUAUGAUAUUACUAGUAAGGGGUGUAGGUCUAUAAAUGUGUGUUUUGAUAUCCCUUACAGAUAUACAAUAUACAACAGAUACAAAUGAGGCCUGACCAGGGCGAUGGGGACCUGGUCCUGUCUCCCAAAAACAAAUGAGACAGGUGCUGCGUUCUAGUGCUGGUGAAACUAUCGGAAGCGGCAAAGGUGCAUCUGACCCUGAUCUAAACUGGGGAAAAACGUGUUUUGUGUUUGUAAGUUUGAUUUGCUUUUGUGUGUGUGUGUGUUUUUAUAUAUAAAAGACAAAAAAACUAAUUUUAUUUGGAUAUUAAAAACAAUAUCCACAAUGAAUGUACCAGUUGGUCUGGAUCUCGUUGUAAA